GUUAAGUCUCCAGGGAGAAGCGAUACAGACAGUCCCGGGGCCAGACAGCGUCAUGGAGCCCCAGGGGGCGCUAAGUUUGGAGAAACAGGGACCUGCGCUCUUUGGAGAGCCCCCGCCAGCCGAGGGGCUGCCCACUCCGGGGGGCGACGGCGGCGGCGCGUCGGAAGCCCCGAGCCCCGACGCUGACCCCUUGUCCUCGGAGGAAGAGGCCGCCUCCCAGGAGCCGGAGGAGCUGCUGGAGUGCCGCCGCCGUCUCCCGCGUUCCUUUUCCCUGCCCGCGGACCCGAUCUUGCAGGCGGCCAAGCUGCUGCGCCAGCGCCAGCAGCUUGGCCUGGGGCUCGGCCCGGAGGGCGGCGAGCGGACCGAGGGCUUGCCGCACGGUCCCGGCAGCUGCUGCGCCAAGUGCAAGAAGAGAGUGCAGUUCGCGGACGCGCUGGGGCUAAGCCUGGCCAGCGUGAAGCACUUCAGCGAGGCGGAGGAGCCGCAGGUGCCGCCCGCCGUGCUCUCCCGCCUGCGCAGCUUCCCCAUGCGCACCCAAGACCUGGAGCAGCUCCCCGGCCUGCUGGCCGCGGCGGCCGCGACCGCGGCCCUCUCUGCCCCGCCUCCCCGGCUUCGGCCUCUUUUCGAGCUUCCCGGGCCCAGCGCCGCCGCCGAGAGACUGCGGCGGCAGCGCGUGUGCUUGGAGCGCGUGCAGUGCUCGGCGCCCUCGGGAGCGGAGGUGACGGGCUCCGGCCGGGUGCUGGGCUGCCCCGGGCCGAGAACCGUGGCGGUGCGCUACACCUUCACCGAGUGGCGCUCCUUCCUAGACGUGCCGGCCGAGCUGCAGCCCGAGCCGCCGGCGGAGCCACCUGAGGCGCCGUCGGGGGGGCCCGGGGACGCCGAGGAGGAGCCAGGCGCCGAGCGCUUCCACUUCUCGCUGUGCCUGCCCCCCGGCCUGCAGCCCCAGGAGGGGGAAGACGCGGACGAAACGGGCGCCGCGGUCCACUUCGCCGUGUGCUACCGCUGUGCCCAGGGCGAGUACUGGGACAAUAACUCGGGGGCCAACUACACGCUGCGCUAUGUGCGCCCUUCCGACGCGCUCUGACCCCAAGGCCGGGCUCCAGGCCGGGCGCCGCCCCAGAGCAACCGGGUGACCUGCGGGGACGAUUUGCUGAGCCCUGUACCUCGGGGAAGGAAAGGAGGGAGCCGUUCAACGGCAGACUUUCACCAGGAGAGAUCCGGCGAGUGAGCCUUGUGAGCACCGAAACUCCUCGCCCGUUGUCUCCUCGCUUAGGCCUUCCUCCGCUGCUUCUGGGAUUCUCGCUCUGCGUCAGAAUGGGAAGAAAUUCUCAAGACUCUGAGCCCUGGCUUUCUCCAAGAAAAAGUCUCCUGACCCUUGCGCCUAAUUGUAAGACCUUGGGAUUUGUUUAAAACUAUAGACAAAGUGUUUUCGCCGUUGCUGCUUGUUGGAGAUGCCUGAGUCUCAGGGAAAGGACAGGCAUCCUGCCACAUCAUGCCAGGAGAAUGCACUGGACCGUGGGCGUGAAGGGGAGCCUUCUCAGAGGGGCCUGUUUCUCUGAGAAAACCGGGUGGGGCCUGGGCUGGGCCGUCCUUUUCUCUUAACUGGGAUCUGGGAGAUGUUUGCACAGACUGGACAUUACUUGGGCCUAUGUGUACACAUGUCCUUUAAAAAAGUAAAGGCAACUUGCACACUC